CAACACUGGCGCAUCGCCAAAAACAAACGGUCAUACUUCGCAACCUGGAAAAAAGUAUUGUUUUCGGAAAAAUCAUGGCUAAUUGCAGCUAAAACGCGAAUUGCAAAUUUGGCCAAUACGUUUUUUGGGGCCACCAAGAAGGCGGCAGUUGGACAAAAUCCAAGGACAUAUGAAAAUUGACGCGUGUUAAAUGCAAACAAGAAAAUUCCAACACAGACCUUGAGUGGCUCACACACACACGCAAUCCCCUCCACACCUGCGUCACACAUACACACACGCACUCACACACCGAUAAAGGGGAGCAAAAGGGAUAGAAGAUCGAACCGUUCCCUGUUUUUUGCUUUUUAGUUUUUAAAACAGGAAGUGGAUUUUAGGGGAUCGUUUGCUGAAUUUUGCAGCUGCAGCUGGCAAUAUGGUGAAUGUACCCCCGCUGCUCUGCAGCACCCCGCCGCCCAUUGAUUUCGGCGAGGAAGACGACGAUUCCGGUUUGCAAUCCACAAUCCACUUGGACGAAGGUGACGAAUACUCCAAUUUCGGCUUAGUCAGCAGCUCGAAAGAACCCCCUGCGCCACCGGAUCCUGUUGGGGAAUUUCGAGAAAAGCCACCGGAUUUGCUGGAAAAUAAACAAACCGCCGAGGCAUUCAAUUACCAAGUAAAACAGGCGAUGGAUUACGAUGUUUUCGGAGUAACAGCCCCGCCCACGCCGCCGCCCCUGAGUCUGGAGCUCGAGGAGGAGGAACUGGAGGAGCAGGUGCCCUCCCUAAAGCUAGACAGUCUAAGUCUCUACUCCACGGAAAGCGUGUCUGCCGCCUCCACACUCUCACCCGUUGCGGAAACGGAGCCAGUGCCUCCAGCCCCCGUGAUGCAAACAACCAAAGCCCCUGUACUCAGCCAUCAAGUCACGCUGGAGGACGUGUCCGAUGACAGCGAUGAGGAGUGCUCGCCAAAGAAGCCCAAAGAAUUAUUUAUACGCGAGGGAGCCGUGGAUUUCUUUGCCAUCGAGGUGCUAGCCUCACCCACAUUACCAAAUGGAGGAGGUUUUCCGGAGCGGGAUCAGGAAGCAGGGAAAAUAUCAAACCUAGAGAAUACCUCCCAAGAAGAAGGCUUUAAAAGUUUGGAAAACCAGGAGGAAAGUUCAAAUAACUUGGCGAAUCAGUUGGAAAAACACGAAAACGGCUUAUCAGAUCCCAAACACCUAGAGGAAACCACCAACCACUGGGGUAAACCUGCGGGUUAUGAUGGUUUUCAAUUUGCAAACUUUGAUGAGCCGCCAGAAGACCUAGUACAUCAAGACAAUAUCCCAGAAAGUCAGGAAACCGAGGAAGAUGAUGACUUUGGUGACUUUGCGGACUUCUCAGCAGCAGAACCUGAAACCAAGAACUCUUCAGUAGCGACAGCUCCUUUUCAACCUGUCUUUGAGGCACCACCUUUCCUAGAAACGGAACCUAUUAAGGCGGAGGUAGCUUCUCCCUUGGAGGCUUCCAUAAAAAUUCCUUCAGACCCAGCAGAUGAUGGCUUCGAUGACUUCCAAGAAUUUGCCACUCCCACGAAUGGAAGUGCUGGCCAAAGCGACGACGAUGAUUUUGGCGACUUCUCAGAGCCCGUUGUGGCUGCCGUUUCAUUACCUCCGCCGCCGCCGCCAGCUGCUGUCCACCUGAGCAUCGAUGAGAGGGUGAAACCAGUCCUGGAGAUGAUGUUCCCGCAAUCCAAAGAGCUGGAAAGCAUAGGCAUGGACAAGCGGAAGCCUCUAGCGCAGUGUCAGCGGUUUAAUUUUGGCGCCAUCGAGCAUGCCCAAGCCCUGGACUAUCAAUGGAGCAGCUCGGAGAUGAGGCAUGCUCUCGUUCGAUCGCUGGGCAUCGAUUCGAGAAAUAUACUCUUCGGCGACAAGUGGAACUCAUCAAUGCCGCGUUUUGCCGCCAACCUGAGCUUCGAUCCCCUGAAGCCGAUGAAACCUCUAACGAGCGGUAGCACCUUGGAAGUGAUUUCCAGUCCCAGCAGUCACCAGGAAUCACAUGUACAGACAUUACAAUUGGAACAACUAGACCAACUAAUGGUGGUGGCUAAUGCUGAUAAAAUAAAUCUUGUUACCUCUAACUCCCACACCAAUAACAACAACAACGUUGACAACGAUAAUGGUGAAAACGACGUUGCUGCUCCCGUUGAUCAACUGGAUGAUAAACCACCUGUGAUGGAUUUGAUGACCAACCAUAACAAUCACAAUUUGACAAUCGAUUUGCACCACUCGCCACCACUCACACAUUUUGCCACCAUCUGCAACAACAACAAUAAUAACAAUAACGUUAAUAACAAUCUUAACAACAACAAUCAUGAUAAAAAUACUGCAACAAUGACAAUACCAAUUAACACAAAUCUCACUGCUCACGACGCCUUGCUGGAUUUUAGACUGGAAAACUCCACCGCAACAACGGCGAGCCAAACUGAAACGCGGACUAGCCCGUCUCAUGGGGAAGGGUCCUCCGGCUCCGUCUUCGGUUCCGCCAGCAAUUCCGACGGCGAGGAGCGUCAGAACCAUAGCUACCAGCCAGCUGCAAUCCCCAGCUCCGAAUCGAACCAUAUUGAAUCCGCAACAGCGCCACCAGCAGCAGUUGUUACUCCAGCAGCAGCGACGCUAUCGACUGCUCUACCAGCAGACAGCCCUGCCCACCAGCUCAACGGCGGUGAGCAGCUGCAUCAGCAGCGGGCGGAGCAGGACCAGUUUGAUUUGAGGACCACUUCGUCGCCCGCACCGCCAGCUCAGGAGGAGAUCGUGGGCAGCUCGAUGGCCAGCUAUUCGGUGCCGCUGAAGGAGACCCACAUCUACACGCCCUCCAAAUCGGAUACGGCGGUGGCCAAGACCACCACGCUGGCACCCAUUGAUUUCGACUAUGAGAUGGCGGCCACUGGCAUUAUUAUCGAUGAGACGGUGGUCAAGAAGGAGUAUCGCGAUGUAGAGUACAAGCCACCAUUUGGUCUGGAUUCACCCAGCAAGUUGAGUGGCAAUGGAGCUGCCAGCAGCUUCGAGUUGCCGCCGCAGGCGGAAGACGAUGACUUCAGUGACUUUCAAUCGAUGCCGGCGCCCAGGUCGAGAAUCGAUACACCCACUUUUGGGGAACAGAUGAUCCUGAGUCCGGCCAUUCUAUUGCCCCAAGCCAUUCCGCUGGCGAAGAAGCCAGCGGCGUCUAUAGAAUGGGGAGACAAUGCCUUGUCCAGCAUAAAUGCCGAGGAGAUGGCCAGAAUAGAGGAGUUGUUCUCGUCACAAGCCAAACCACUCACCAUUAGCGCUUCGGUGGCUAAGAAACCCACUCCUCCCAAGCCAGUUCAAUCUCAGACGCAAGAGGAUGAUGAAUGGUCGGAUUUUGUCUCUGUUCCAGUUAACCAACAGCAGCACUUAAUCGCUAACAACAAUAACAAUGUGAACAGCAACCAGAGGAAACCAUCUGCUCCAAGGGAAGAUGAUUGGUCGGAUUUUGUGAGCAGUACUCCACCCGCUCGACCGGCGCCACAAUUCAAUUCCGGUGCCUGGCAGAGCGCUAACUUCUACAACAAUCCCUUGAGCCUGUACCAAGCACAGCAGCAACAGCAGCAUCCCCACAGCAAUCUGGUGCCCCGAAGCAGCGGCAGCACAAGCAGCAAUAACAACAAUGUGCCAGCCAUUCCACAGCAAAUACACAUCAUGCAUGACUUCUCGACGGCGCCCGUGUCUGGAGGAUUGGGUGUAGGCGCCACCUACCAGCAGCAGCAUCAGCGACAGCAGUUCCAAAUCGGCAACGCCAAGGUGGCGCCACGCAUCUCCCUGAUCCCCGAUCUUAGCUUUGUGGCACCGGCUUUGCCCACAAAUGCUGGCGCCUUCAUGGGUACGCUUCCGAAACCGAGUUUCGGUGGCAAGAAAUGACACAAGAAGCUCAGGGUGGGCGGUGGGCGGCUCCAGCAGCAGCAGCUUCAGCGUCAGCAUGUGGGCGGUGCUCGCCCACUGGGAGGCGGGGAGGCCACCAUCCUCACGUAGGCAAAAAGGGGCGUGCCCUGUGGUGCCAGUCAGUAUUAUGAAUCCGUCUGAUAUUUACCAUAAACCGAACCGUCACACAUGUAGUUUGAUGCAAGCUGUGUUCCAUGUUGUUGUCGUUGUUGUUGACGUUAUCGUUGGCAUAAUUGUUGUUGUUGUUGUGCGUGCAUGUUGUUGUGUUAGUCGUAGAUCAGGGUUCAAAACAAAAUAUACAGAAAAGUAGACCAUUUUGUGCAAUAGUUUGGUUCUAAAUUGAUAUUGUACUUAAUUUUGACAAAGAAAAACUUUUAAUAAGCUUGAUCCGGAAUUUUUUUGAUUUUUAUAAAAUAUUCAAACCAAUUAUUAUAAGGAACCCUAUCUGAGUUUUUAAAAAUCGAAUGGCUUAAAAGAAUAUAUAACUCUUAGAAAUCAAAACCCAGUGAAAUUCUCGAAACAACGUGGGGUAUUCCUGAAAGCCUUCGAGAUUUUUAAAUUUAAGUCUAUGCAUCUCUUAGCAUGCAAUACUGUACUGCGGUCAUAUCAAUAUAACACCAUAAGAAUAAUGUACACUAGAUGACCAAAACAAAAGAUUAGGAAAUUGUUACACAGAUUUCAGGAAUAUCACAAAUGAUUUCUAAAAAAAAAUUCCGGAACUGCUUUGUUUUAUAAAAAUGAAAUAAUAUUAAAGUUUUAUUUUAGCUUUAAUGAUCCCAGAAUCCCUACACAUCUGCGGAUUUCUAUCAGUUGAUCUACAGUAAAGCCUAGAAAUGCAUUCCACUGACAAACUUCCCUUUUUGUAACUCCCCUAAAAAAUACUCUGAAGCGAAUGCGGGCCACCACGUUGAUGAAAACCCAACCCGCCUGAUGCAAAUUUUUCUAUAUUGUGUACUUAAACCAACAAGAAACCCGAACUAACCAAGCAAACAUAGUUAACGUUGUAAAUGUAAUAGGAUUUGUUAGUCGAUAGAAGAACUCCCAAGCAUUCCAAGUGUAAAUGAGUGUGUCUGGCUGCCAUGAUGAUCUCCAGAAAAUCGCUGGAAAACGAAACCCAAUCCGCUCCAGUUCUUGAUUAUUGUUUUUUUCGUGUUAAUGUGUUUUCAUUUAUUUAUUUUACUUUAGGUUACGCACUUUAAGUUGAAUGUGUCUGUGUGUUGCGUGUGUGUGUCUGAAAAUUAUAAACAAUUAUCGACUAAAACUAAGUGUUUGAUGUAAUCAUAUGUUUUUAGGCUUAAAUGUAAAUUACAAAUAGAUUUCCAUUUGUUUUGUUUUAUUUUGCCAAGUCAAUGAAAAAAGGUAAAAACAAGAACAUGAUUAUAGAUGGUUGCUGCUUGAUUUAAAUAAAUGAAUUAACUAUGUACUAGAACGUAUUAAAAUAUAUUUACCAUAUUGUAUAAUUAAAAGAUAUGCGCAGAUUAAAAUAAACCUAUUUAAAAAACAAAA